AUGUCGUUGGAGGAACUUUCGAUUGGUAACGAGCUCAAAGAUUCAUACAAGAGCACAGAAAAAUGGAUCACGAAUGGCAUUAAUUGGCUCGACGAUUUAGAGGGCUUCUACAAAGAGCGUGCCCUAUUGGAGAAAGAGUACUCGGCAAAACUCCAAGAGUUAUGUAAGAAGCAUUUCGAGAAAAAAGCCAAGAACUCAUCUGGUCUCUCUGUAGGGGAUGACCCACAAAUUACACCAGGAUCACUUGAAAGCGCCUCUGUAGUUUUGUGGAACGAAGUCUUGUCACAGACAGAAGCAAUUGCUCGUGAACGUGACAACCUCGGAACGGAGUUCCAAGUGAAAAUAUGCAGCAACCUCAACAGAUUGCAACAAAAACUGAACAAGAUUGCCCGGCAUGUCAGCGUAAUAAAUGAUUUCCUCACUUCCGAAAAGACGUCUUUGGAAGAUGAGGUAUCCAAGGCGAAGAAACACUACGACAGUUUGUGUCAAAACACGGAACACGCCCGGCAAAAAACUGAAAAGUCUUCGAGCGAACGAGCCUUAGCAAAACUCGAAGAGAAGAAAAUCGAGAUGAACAACGGAAAGAACAACUACUUGAUCAAAUUGAGUAUCGCCAAUAGGUUGAAGGACAAGUACUACUUCCAGGACUUACCUGAAUUGCUUGACUACUUCCAAGAUUUGAACGAGUCUAGGGUAGGAAUCAUGAACAAGCUUUUGAAGAAUGCGUCGAUUAUCGAACGGAACUCGAACGAUAAGGUAAAGGAGCUUUUACAUGAAAUUGACGUGACAAUUGAAGAAAACAACCCGAAGUUAGACACAGCUAUGUUUAUCAAACACAACGCAGUUGCAUGGAAAGAGCCCCAGGACUUUUACUUCAUCCCUUGUGAUUUUUGGCACGAUAACGAGUCACUUGUAGUGAAAGAGCCGGAGCUCACAGAGUUGAAGCGCAGGCUCAAUGCUAGUUUGAAUGCAUACUCUGUGUCCAAGGACUCUACACUUUUGGCGAAAGACAAAUUGGAAGAAGUGGCACAGCAGAGAAAGUCAAGCGAGGAUACGCACACCCUCAAGUUUGAUUCAAAGCUAGAUGACGCGUUGACGCUCCUCCAGAAGUUCAUGAAAGAAGAUUCCGGAAGAGUCAAAAGCGAGGUUGAAAUCGAGAUCAUUCAAAACUUUGCUGGCGAUCAGGAUCUCUCGUACGUGGAAGUCAAAAAGGAAAAGAGGUCCCGGUUUGGCAUUUUCAAAAGCCACAAGACUUCAUCUGCCCCCGAACAAAUUGGCCACGAAGUUGGUGUCAACUCCCAAGCUGCGCUGAGCAACUCCCCUGCAAUCGCCUCGUACGCCUACGAGGCUACCGGAGACGACGAAUUGACAGUUAGCCAGGGCGAGGAGCUUGCCAUAGUUGAAGAGGACGAUGGCCUGGGCUGGACUUUGGUCAAAAGUUCUGCAGGGCAGAGCGGACUUGUGCCCACGAGUUACCUACAAAUCAACUAUGUCGAGGACAAUGCAAAGAAGACUGGGCCCUCGGUUGCACCCAAACGCGGCGCGAAACGCGUGCAAUACGUGGAGGCACUCUACGACUUCAAUGGCGACGAGAGCAAUGAGUUGAGUUUCCAAGCCGGCGACAGGAUCGUGUUGAUACAGGCGGACACGGACGAAAGCGGCUGGACCGAGGGAGAGAUCAACGGACAGACCGGGUUGUUCCCCACGGCGUAUGUGAAGCACGUUUGAGAGUACAUAGAAGCGAGGUGAAUAGAAGCUAUAGAAUCGCACGAAGACCACGUCAAAACACGAACCGUGGCGUGGGAACGCGGCACAGGCAAGAAGCAGUUCUACACGGUGAAUGAUCAUGAGUUAUUUAUAAGAUAAAUACCAAGUAUUAAGUAUUUGUCAAAAGAUUCGCUAAAAGCAUGACGGGAGGAGCAGCCCUAGA